CUAAACCCUCACUCCCUCUCUCUCUAAAUACCCACAUUCUAGAGAGAGAGAGAGAGAGAGCAAUGGCGUCGCCACUCCUUCACCUGCUCGCCCUCUUCCUCCUCCUCACCCCCGCAUUCGCCGCCGCCGGAGGCAAGCAGCGCCGGCAGCGCCGGCAGCCCUACCUGAGCACCGCCUUCUACAGCAAAACCUGCCCCAAAUUCGAGCAGAUCGUGCAGGACACGACCACCAACAAGCAGAUCUCGUCCCCCACGACCGCCGCCGCCGCCCUCCGCCUCUUCUUCCACGACUGCUUCGUCGGCGGCUGCGACGCCUCCGUCCUCGUCUCCUCCACCCGCUUCUCCAAAUCCGAGCGCGACGCCGACAUCAACCUCUCCCUCCCCGGCGACGGCUUCGACGUCGUCGUCCGCGCCAAGACCGCCCUCGAGCUCGCCUGCCCCGGCGUCGUCUCCUGCGCCGACAUCCUCGCCGUCGCCACCCGCAACCUCGUCGUCAUGGCCGGCGGCCCCUUCUACCCCGUCCAAUUAGGCCGCCGCGACGCCCUCUCCUCCCGCGCCGCCGACGUCGAAGGCAAUCUCCCCCGCCCUACCAUGUCGAUCCCCCAAAUCAUCCAACUCUUCCAAUCCAAAGGCUUCUCCAUCCAGGAAAUGGUCGCAUUAACCGGCGCUCACACCAUCGGAUUCUCUCACUGCUCCGAAUUCAGCGCCAACAUCUACAAUUACAGCAAAACCUCCCAAUCGGAUCCGGCCUACUACCCCGAAUUCGCGAGAUCUCUCCGCAGCGCCUGCGCCGAUUACCACAGAAACCCUACCUUAUCCGUAUUCAAUGACGUAAUUACGCCCAACAAAUUCGACAAUGUGUAUUACAACAAUGUGAAAAAGGGGUUAGGGCUUUUGAGGUCGGAUCACGGAUUGAGCUCGGAUCCGAGGACCCGAGGCUUCGUGGAGCUGUAUUCGAGAGAUCAGAGGGCGUUCUUCGCCGCAUUCGCGAGCGCGAUGCAGAAGCUCAGCGUCUAUGGCGUCAAGACGGGGAGGAAUGGGGAGAUUCGGCACAGGUGCGAUGCUCUCAACUUUUGAAGAGGAAAAUUUUAAAAUAUAAAUUAAAUUAAUUUGAGUUACUAUUUGUUUUCGAUUUCAUUAUCAUAAUUCGCUAGUGGCGUAAUCAAACCAAUGUGUGUAUUUAUACCGAGUUUUCUUCAACAUUAAUACAGUUUUUGUAUGGAUUCUCCUCUCA